GGACCAAACCCGCCUGCGGCCAACAUGGCGACACGGGGCGGCGACGUCGACAUGGCCGACGCGCCUGUCGAGGCACGCGAUGCAGACGACCAUGCCUCGGUGCUACAGACAAAUUACAGCGACGCGUUCGCGUUUUCGGAUAGCGAACGGCUAGCCCUGCAACUCUACGACCAGCUCUACGAACUCGAGCUGCAGCAGAGCCUCGUCGGCGCGCAGCAGUCAGCACAGGCGCAUGACUUUUCGGCGCUUCCAGAUGACCUGGUCGAGGAGCGGCUGACCAUGGCGCAGCGUGAAGCCAUGGAGGCGAGGGCGGCGUACGAGAUGCGCAACAGGAUCACGCACAAGGUGCUGGUCAUGGAUCCGGUGCUGCAGGCUGUCCACGGCGGCGGCGGCGGCGGCGGCGGCGAGCGAACAGCAGCAUUUGCGGCAAAACGCAUUCUCCCGCUCAUGGCAGAAAACGACACGGUUUCGAUGAUGCACGGCGCUCAAACAGCAAAGCUGGCCUCAACCAUGCGUGCAUUGAGCGCAGCAGAGCAAGCAAACAUGGUCGCGAACCGGCAGAACCGGGAGCUGGCGCAGACGAUGGUUGCUUUGGCCGAAGAAAUGAAGGCGCAGUCGGCACAGGAUAUCCAGGACCCACAGCUGCGCGCCCAGGUGGAUGCCGUGGACCAGCAGCUGCGGGCGUCACGGCGGCGGGCAAAGACGCUCCAGGGGGUGUUGGCAGGCAUGAUUGUCGGCAGCGGCAUCAACUGGGCAGCCGACGAGGGCUUGAGCGAGCUGGUCAUGGAAGGCGAGGGGGAGGAGGAUUGUUGACGUGGUACGCGAGCGACAGCGCUCUGCAUGCCAUGUUGCAGUUGCGACAAGUGUGGCGCGCACGGGGCACGAGCAUCAAAGGGGAGCUGAGGUCGUCACAGGCUGCGUGGUUAGCAAAAC